AUGGCCACCAUGCUAUUCGCCAAGCUCAACUUCAGGAACUUGAUCGAGGGCCGGGGGAUCACAGAUAAUGUGCCACGGUUCUCUUCUCUGCCACCCUUCCUGCCUGUGAGCUACCACAUCCUUGGAGCAGAGACCUCCUUCUUCCUGAAGGAGGCCAACCAGGACGUCCUGCGCAACUCCAGCCUGCACACCAGGGUGGAGUCCUUCUUCACCUACAAGGCCAACCGGCCCCCAGUGCUCAACGCCAGCUACGGGCCCUUCUCCAUCGAGCAGGUGGUGCCUCAGGACCUCCUGCUGCCCUCCAGCCCCUUCGGAGCCACCAGCAAGCUCUCCCUCAACUGGAGGCUGAGGGCGCACAUCCUGCGGGACAAGGUGUACCUGAGCCGGCCCCGGGUGCAGGUGCUCUUCCACCUGCUGGGCCGGGACUGGGCGGCACAGAGCCCUGGCGAGCGGCUGCCCUGCCUGCGGCUGUUCGCCUUCCGGGAGACCCGGGAGGUGCGGGCCGGCUGCCGGCUGCAGGGCGCCCUGGGGCUGUGCGUGGCCGAACUGGAGCUGCUGGCCGCCUGGUUCGGGCCCCCCACCGUGGUGGCCGGGAGGAAGCGGGCGCCUGGGCCGCCCGAGGGGAGCCCCGUGGAGCUCUACUACUCCGUGCAGCCGGGGGAUGCGCGCGGGGACUGUGCGGGCGGCGGCGGCGACGUCAGGAAGGGCAACGCCAUCCGGCCUGGGAAGGACGGGCUGGAUGAGGCCGUGCCCCACCUGCAGAGGAUCGGCGCCGUCAGCCUCUACCGGGCCCAGGACAGCACCCAGCUCAGCGAGCUGCGUUUGGACAGCAACGUGGUCAUCUGGCUGCCCUCCCGGCCCGUCAAGCAAGGAGAUGUGGUCACCGCCUACGUCACCAUCGCCAGCAACUCCACUGUGGACCUUUUCAUCCUGAGAGCCAAGGUGAAGAAGGGGGUGAACAUCCUGGGCACUCAGACCAGCGAGCCCCGGCAGUGGGAUGUCAAACAGGAGAUGGGGAAUGGCGGAAAGCAUGCUACCACCACCGUGCUGUGCCAGCGCCUGGGGUCCAGCACACGUAACAGAAGCAGCAGCCUGUUCAGUGAGGUUAUGCAGAUGAACUUUGAAAUAGCCAGCUUCAGUAGCCUCUCGGGGACUCAGCCCAUCGCCUGGCAGGUGGAAUAUCCACGGAGAGCGACCACCGACACCGCUGUGUCCGAGAUCUUCAUCAGCCAGAAGGACCUGGCUGGCAUCGUUCCUCUAGCCACGGACACGGAAAUUCUGAACACUGCCAUCCUCACGGGAAAGACAGUGGUCCUGCCCAUCAAGGUGGUCUCUGUGGAGGAGAACAGUGCCGUGAUGGAUAUCUCCGAGUCGGUGGAGUGCAAGUCCACAGACGAGGAUGUCAUCAAGGUGUCUGAAAGAUGUGACUACGUCUUUGUCAAUGGCAAAGAGAUGAAGGGCAAGGUGGAUGCGGUGGUGAACUUCACCUACCAGCACCUGAGUGCCUCCCUGCACAUCACCGUGUGGGUGCCCCGGCUACCCCUACAGAUUGAGGUCUCUGACACAGAGCUGAGCCAGAUCAAAGGCUGGAGGGUCCCCAUUGUGUCCAGUAAGAGGCCCACUCGAGAGAGCGAGGAUGAAGACGAGGAGGAGCGGCGGGGCCGAGGCUGUGCCCUGCAGUACCAGCACGCCACGGUGCGGGUCCUCACCCAGUUCGUGUCGGAGGGCGCUGGCCCGUGGGGCCAGCCGAGCCACCUUCUCAGUCCCGACUGGCAAGUCGACAUCACCCACUUGGUUGCAGACUUCAUGAAGCUGGAGGAACCUCACGUGGCCACACUCCAGGACAGCAGGAUCCUGGUCGGGCGGGAGGUUGGGAUGACCACCAUCCAGGUGUUGUCUCCGCUCUCUGACUCCAUCCUGGCAGAGAAGACGGUGACCGUGUUAGAUGACAAGGUAUCGGUGACAGACUUGGCCAUCCAGCUCGUGGCUGGGCUGUCUGUCACCCUCCACCCCAGCACGGAGAACAGCAAGGCCAUCACCGCUGUGGCCACAGCUGAGGAGCUGCUGCGGACCCCCAAACAGGAGGCCGUGGUCAGCACUUGGCUCCAGCUCAGCGACGGCUCCGCCACCCCCCUGGACAUCUACGACACCAAGGACUUCACCCUGACCGCCACCUCCCUGAACGAGGCCGUCGUGUCCACCCCCCAGGCCCGCUCUCCCAGAUGGCCGGUGGUGAUGGCCGAAGGGGAAGGCCAGGGGCCGCUGGUGCGAGUGGACAUGUCCAUCGCCGAGGCCUGCCAGAAGUCCAAGCGCAAGAGCGUCCUGGCCGUGGGUGUGGGCAGCGUCAGGGUCAAGUUUGGCCAGGGCAACGCCGACUCCAGCCGCGGCGCGGACGGCGACAGUGGCGAGAUCAAGAACCACGCCAGCGACCGCCGGCAGAAGAGCCAGGAGCCCGAGGGGCACCUCCAAGGCAGCCCGGGGGAGCGCGAGGACGGCGCCCUGCAGAGAGGCGACAGCACGGCCAGGCCGCUCCUGGACAACAGGGUGGUGAAGAGCGGCCGGCCGGACGCGGGCAGGCCGUCCGGGGGGGACCAGCUGCAGAACAUCCCCCUGGACUUCGCCAACUUCCCGGCGCAGGUGGAGCUGCCCCGGGCGGGGGGCGGCCUGGGGGCCAGCGACCUGGUGCAGACGCCCCGGGGCCUGAGCGACCUGGAGAUCGGCAUGUACGCCCUGCUCGGCGUCUUCUGCUUGGCCAUCCUUGUCUUCCUCAUCAACUGCGCCACCUUCGCCCUCAGGUACCGCCACAAGCAGGUGCCCCUGGAAGGCCAGGCCUCUGUGACCCACUCGCACGACUGGGUGUGGCUGGGCAACGAGGCGGAGCUCCUGGAGCACGCGGGCGAGGGGUCGCCACCGCAGGACGAGCACACGACUGUCCUGGACCGCGGGCCGGGCGGCAGCGACGACGGCAGCCGGCUGCUGCUCAACGGCGGCGCCCGGCAGCACGUGCAGGGCCAGGUGCACCGGGCGGGCUCGGCGGGCAGGCCGGCCAGGGACCCGAAGCUCGAGCCCCUGCAUUCGCCCACCUCCAAAAGGAAGAAAGUGAAGUUCACCACCUUCACCACCAUCCCGCCCGACGACGGCUGCCCCACCGUGAACUCCAUCCUGGGGGGCGGCGGCGGCGAGGACAUCAAGUGGGUGUGCCAGGACGUGUCCCCGGGCGCCCCCAAGGAGCUCAGAAACUACCUGGAGAAAUUCAAGGACCCGGCCUAGGCCCCCGCGGGGCCUGGCUCCUCGCUCGGCUCCAGAGUGGGCUGGCCGGGGCGUCGGAGGGUCUGGCCGAGCGGGACGCACCGGGGCCGGCGGACCGCGGAGGCCUCCGAGCCGGGAAGGGCUGUGUGCCUCUUUUGCAGCAGCGGGUUUAGCAGCCGGUGACGGUGGAGUUCCCAGUCAGCGGAGCAAACUCCGGCCUGCACCGUCGGAAAGUGAGUCUAUGAGUCAAAAUAGAACAGACAAGCUACCAAAAAUUA